ACUGUCCCGUUCCUUGCACUGCCAGCCGUGCUGAAGCAGCUCCACGUCGUAUUUUGCUUUGCUUCACUCUUUGACUUUGACCGCCAUUAUUAUACAUAUCUUCAUGCCCAUUAUCUGCAGCUCAACACCAUGACAUCCCAACAAUCUACGUCGCAAGUUCAAGUAAAGCCGCAGGAGGCUCUUACAAAACCAAAGCCCACAUUCGUUACGCCGGAAAUUGCAUCAUAUUUUAUUGCAGGUGGUGUCGCUGGAGCAGCGUCGCGUACGGUGGUCAGCCCCUUAGAGAGGCUUAAAAUUAUACAACAAGUCCAGCCGAGAGGGUCGGACCGACAAUAUAAAGGUGUAUGGCGAAGUCUAGUGCGAAUGUGGAGAGAAGAAGGGUUCAAAGGAUACAUGAGAGGAAACGGAAUCAACUGUCUGCGAAUCGUACCAUAUAGCGCCGUACAAUUCACGACGUACGAGCAACUAAAAAAGUGGUUCGCGACUUUUGGGUCCAAAGAACUUGAUACCCCGAAGCGCCUGGCGAGCGGGGCCUUGGCAGGAAUCACUUCGGUGUGUUCGACAUACCCGUUGGACCUCGUGCGUUCGCGACUGUCGAUCGCAACAGCUUCAAUAGCCAUCUCAUCACAACAGAAAAAUCCACCAUCAAAGACCGCGACUACGCCGGCCGCUCCCUCCGUGAAACAAGCUUUGUCAUCCGCCUACCACACCUCGUCCUCUGUGUCGCAUAGCGCUGGAAUAUCACGAGCAGAGUCUUCCAUGUGGGGCAUGACACUGAAAGUGAUGCGAGAGGAGGGCGGGAUACGAGGAUUGUAUCGUGGCUUGGUUCCCACCGCGAUGGGAGUCGCGCCUUACGUUGGAAUCAAUUUUGCGGCUUAUGAAGCACUGCGAGGGGUGAUUACUCCACCAGGAAAGAGCAGUAUCGCGAGAAAGCUUGCCUGCGGAGCCUUAGCUGGAUCAGUAUCACAGACGCUGACAUAUCCAUUUGACGUAUUGAGGCGUAAGAUGCAGGUGACAGGCAUGGCAUCUGGAGGGCUUGGGUAUAAAUAUAACGGAGCGCUUGAUGCACUGCAAAGCAUUGUUCGCACGGAAGGGUUGCAGGGCUUGUACAGGGGCUUGUGGCCUAACUUGCUAAAAGUUGCUCCGAGUAUUGCAACUUCUUUCUUUACGUAUGAACUGGUGAAGGAAUUGCUAAUAACGCCUUGAUAGCGAGAUGCGGUGUGCCAUACGUCGCACGUUCCUUUAUUUCUCGCAGUGAUAGUCUCUUACCUUUUGGGAUAGAGUAGAGGAGUAGACCGCCGGACAGGAUUUAGUUUUUUGAAUCUACAUUACAAGCCGAGGUAUAGAACUAGCGUAGGACAAUACGGGUCCGAAUGCAUAUAGAUGAGAAGUAUUUAAUGAUCCUCGACCAAUUGGCCGCUGUGGAUAACUUGCAGGCUAUCCAAUGUGAUAUCAAGAUGAACA